GUGCUGGAUGACAAAUUGAGGGUUCGCUAUUUUAAGGGAUACCUUGCAGCAGUUGCUCAGGCUAUCAAGGAUGCAGUAGAUGUCAGGGGUUGCUUUGCUUGGUCGCUAUUGGACAACUUUGAGUUGACCCAAGGCUAUACCAAGCGCUUUGGUAUAGUGUUCGUUGAUUACAAGAAUGGUCUCACCCGGCAUCCAAAAUCUUCUGCAUAUUGGUCUCAAAGUUCUUGAAAGGCGAUGAGAAUAAAGCUGGCAAAGAAAACUAGGUCCCUAUAGAAGUGGAUCCUCUUCCUCCCUCUUACUCAAGCCUGGGUUUUCAUAUAUGAUGCAGCUUGGUAAUACUGUAGUUGGAGAGGAUGCAUUAGGUGAGUUUGUGGAUCACGUAGAUUCCACAGGGAUGCCACUUUCUCUUUGUAGCACCUAUUACGUUUUGUGGUCCAAACCCCUUUUCAUCUUCUUUUCACCGACAAUCCUAAUUUCUCAGAUUUCCAGUCUUCCCCAAUGGAUUGUGAAUGGGCAGAGGCUAAUUCUGACAAAAGUGAAGAUAAACGUGCUGCAGCAAGGCGACUUGAUUUUCAGCUGGGAUGGUACUUACAUCCUCUCUAUUAUGGAGACUACCCUCAAGUUAUGCGUGAAAAACUUGGAAACCGACUUCCCAAGUUCUCAGAGGAAGACAAAGAGUUGCUUAGGAACACAAUGGACUUUGUUGGCCUAAAUCAGUAUUCAGCAAGGUUUAUUGCUCAUGCAGCAGAUGGUCCUGAAGAAGUCUCUUUCUAUAAAGAUCAAGAGAUUGAAAUAAUUGCUCAAUGGGAAGGGGGUGAGAUGAUUGGUGAGAAGGUAUGAAUUAUGUCUCUGGUGUCCUUGUGCAUGUGUAUUUGUGCAUAGACUAGGGCUUUGGAAGAUCCAAGUCUUCCAGUCUACUAAGAGAUAUAUGAAUGACAGGCAGCUUCGGAGUGGCUCUAUAUUGUGCCCUGGGGCAUACGGAAGGUUUUGAAUUACAUAGCUCAGACAUAUAAUAAUCCCACAAUAUAUGUGACUGAAAAUG